AUGGACGAAUGGUACAACGUCAUCCCACCACAGGGCCGGUGCUCCCUUCAGCUCUCCAACCCCUUCGUCUCACCCCAACUUUCGAUCUCCAACAGCUUCCUCGGAUCUCCCAUCCGUACCUUCGUCACAUCCCACAACACACAAACCACCCGUCGCAGCUCAUCGGACGCCGGACGGCUAAGUGACAAGAUGCCUCCAUUCCCCAUGCCUCCCCACGAUAUCUGGAGCCAGGAUGCCUUCCAGCACCCGUCCUACAACCCGACCACGAUCCCCCGUCGGCCCCACCCCCAGCCCCAGCCUGGCGCAAGCAACAGCACCAGCAGCACCCGCGUCAACGUCAACACCCGUUCCUCAGAACCUGGCCCCAGCGACGCCGUCACGAAGGAGUUCUUCAAACACUCAAGCGCCAAACGCGUCAACACCGACGCCCUCAUCUCGAAAGCCCUCAAGGAACAGUACCCCCACCUCGAGCUGGUCGUCGUUCCUGAAUCCCUCGGCUACGGCAACGGCUGCAACCUUCUCGCCUACGCUCAAGGCGGCCACGCCACGUUCGAGGUUAUUGAUGACAAGGAUGGCAAUAACCUGCCCUCAUCCCUCGAAUGGCUGCUGUACCUGCCGCCCUCCCGGCGCAUGGACGGCAACCUCGGCGGUCUGGCUACUAUUACGAAUUUCGGCAAGUACCUGUACAAAUGGCAGGGCCAUGAGUUCAUCGUCUACCUCGUGGAUGGACGCGACGGCGUGAUGCCGUAUCCGAUCAAGAACUACUAUGUCCUCGCGCCGCAGACCUACCACGUCGACCAGCUCGUUCUGGCCGCAGGGAAGUGGAGCAGCGACCUUCACGAAGAGGUGUGGGUGUUCGAUCAGGGGUACUGGCAAAAGAGCCACGAGCUGUUCAAGAGCUUCCGCGAUGCUUCGUGGGAGAACGUCAUCCUGGAUGAAGACAUGAAGAAGGCGCUCAUCGAAGAUCACCUAUCAUUCUACAACUCGAAGGAGACGUACCAAAACCUCAAGGUGCCGUGGAAGCGCGGUCUCAUCUACUAUGGGCCGCCGGGCAAUGGCAAGACCAUCUCCAUCAAGGCCACGAUGAAUAUGCUUUUCCAGAAGGACAUCACGACUCUCUACGUGCGCACGCUAGCGUCCUUCAUGGGGCCAGAGUACUCUAUCCAGCAGAUCUUCGGCAAGGCUAGGGAGUAUGCGCCCUGCUACCUCGUGCUGGAGGAUCUCGACACCAUUGUCACCGAUGACGUGAGGAGCUAUUUCCUGAACGAGAUGGACGGCCUCAAGGCCAAUGAUGGAAUUUUCAUCAUCGGCAGCACCAACCACCUCGACCGCCUCGACCCAGGCAUCUCUAAACGCCCAUCCCGCUUUGACAGAAAAUACUUUUUCCCCGACCCCAACCUAGAGCAGCGCAUCGCCUACUGCCACUUCUGGCAGAACAAGCUCAAGAGCAACAAAGAAAUCGACUUUCCCGACCAGCUUUGCGAGGCCAUCGCCAAGAUUACGGACAAGUUUAGCUUUGCCUACAUCCAAGAGGCCUUUGUAGCCGCCCUGCUUGCCAUCGCGCGACGCUCGGACCGCCACGGUAGCAGGAAGCGUGACAGCGUUGAGGCUUUGACGGAGCAGCUUGAGGAUGACUGGCUUGGCGUUAUCGAUGACGCUGAGGAUGACGGCGACUUGAAGAAGCUGACGUUGUGGGUCGAGAUCAAGAAGCAGAUUGAGAUUUUGAGGGACGGUAUGGAGGAGAAGAACUAG